AUGACAGACUUGACGCAAGAGAUAGAGUUCUCUGAGGACGUAAAGACUCAAGAGCUCCAAUCUCUUGAAAUUAUCUAUCCCAGUGUAAAGAUCAACUACGAAUCGUUGUCUGGAUCACUAGAUAUACCCGUCAAAAAUGAUAAGGGCAUUGAAAUAGUUUACAAGUCUGACAACUCCAAGAUUGAAAAACAAAAAAUAUUCUAUUUGCCUGCGAUAAAGUUCACAUUCCGGUUAAUGGAACGGUAUCCUUAUGAUGCACCUCCCGUAUUACGAAUAUUUUCUAAUGUGGUGUCAAGCACUAAAAGCUCAACCCUUUUAAAAGAGCUUCUUCAAUGUUGGGAAGAUUUGAAAGAUUGUAUAAUUUUCACCCUUGUGGAAAUGAUUCAGAAUAAAAUACAUUAUGAAUUUGAUGAGUUUAUCGGAUCGGUAAUCGAAUGUGAGAGCAUUGGAAGGUUCAAUUAUCUAUGCAAAUUCAAUAAAGAUGAAGAACAGUUGGCUUUCAAUAAUUUAACCUAUUUAUGUGGAAUUUGCCAGACCGAUUACAAAGGUGAGUAUUGCUCUAAAUUUGAAUGUGGGCAUGUUUUCUGUAAUGAUUGUUUAUUUGAAUAUUUCACCAGUUUGAUCGAAUCAGGUUCCAUUGAAAGAGUUCAUUGUCCUGAAUACGAAUGCACAACUAAAUUAUCCAAGAUCAGAGAAAAGUAUUUACGACUUGAUAAUAUAACAAAUGAAGCCUUUGACUUUAAUGAAUUCAAAUGUCAUCUUAUGACUCCCCCAAUAUCACUAGAUCUACUCAGAUCUAUUCUCGUUAAAAGAACUUCAGACUCUGAAAAAUUCGUUGCUAGGUAUGGAGACUUAUUCAUGAGGCAAAAUCAUGCAAUAAUUACAAAGUUAUUCCCAACAAGAUUGGUCCCAUGUUUCAAUGAAAAUUGUCCUGAAAUGAUCUUUAGAGAAGAUUUGACGGACCCUUUGGUCAUUUGCAGAAGGUGUAAUAGUGCUUUUUGCCAGAGAUGUCGUAAAUCGUGGCAUGGGAAAUACGUCGAAUGUAAAGGUAAAAGAGGACUAUACUCGAAUAUCCCCAUCAAAGCAUUAGAUUUAUGGAUUGAAUCUUCAGAGGAUUCAGAAGAAAGAAAAAAAUUAAGCUCAAUGUAUGGAAGAAAUGCAAUGGCAAAAAUGUCAGAAGAAUACAGAAUGGAUAUCUUGUUUGAUGAAAUGUUAAAAGAAAAGGAUAAUUCACUUCAAAAAUGUCCAGUUUGUGAAAUUGUCAUUCAGAGAUCAGAUGGUUGUAAUAAAAUGAAAUGUUCAACAUGCCAGACCCUCUUCUGUAACUUAUGCGGAACCUUUUUGAAUCCUGAUGAUCCAUACUAUCAUUUUAAUGAUAAACACAGCGACUGCUACGGACGUCUUUUCGAAGGUCUCGUGAAAAACGAUGACUGAAACUACAGGUAAAAAAUUGUAUAUAGAUUAUAUUUAUUU